AUGUCCGACCACCAUAAUCACGGUCGCGGCUGUGGCUGCGAAGGUGCCCACGAACCCGCCGAGAGAGGCGUCGAGUACGGACUGUAUCGGCGCAUUGACACGGAAAAGCUGCAGUGCUUGAACGAGAGCAGGGACGGAGAUGGUAAACUGGUUUUUAAACCUUGGGACCAGCGAAACACCCGCGACAAGUUUGUUGAAAGUGAUGCUGACGAAGAGCUGUUGUUCAAUAUCCCGUUUACUGGCAACGUCAAACUGAAAGGCGUCAUCAUAUCCGGAGAGGACGACGACUCGCAUCCGGCAGAGAUUCGAUUGUACAAGAACAUCCCUCAAAUGUCCUUUGACGACACUGGCCGGGAACCAGAACAAGCUUUCAGGCUCAACAGGGACCCCAGCGCUCAACUGGAGUACCCAACCAAGAUCGCGCGCUUUUCCAGCGUCCAGCACUUGUCCAUCCACGUCUCCAAGAACUUUGGCGCCGAGAGCACUCGGAUCUACUACAUCGGCCUCAGAGGAGAAUAUUCUGAGGCUCACAGACACGAAGUGACGAUCUGCAACUACGAGGCGUCGGCGAACCCUGCAGAUCAUAAAGUGGAGAGCAUUGUCCCUCAAACCAAUUUCAUUUCCUGA